UCAGAUUUCCCUCUUUUCCCUUCAAACCUCACCAAGAAGAACAAAGAGAACCUGCUAAAGGAUUCUAUGUUAAGAAGAAAAGAGAAAAUAAGCUCAGAUUGUGGAUCCAUUAAUGAUAACUUAAAUGUUGAAAGUGCCUUCCUACAGAGAUUAACAGUAGUGGCCCCAAGAAGUUUGAGACCCCUGGUUCAUAGACCCUCCUUACCAUAGUAACCCUACGUAAGGCCCAACGAAAGACAUGAAGUUUCUUCUGCUGUUGAUGUGUCUCUGUCUGACAGACGAUGCAAACUCACAGUUGAUUUGUUCACAUCAACCAAUCACAGCCCUGGCUGGUGAUGAUGUCAUUCUACAAUGUCACCUUGAACCUCCCAUCAGUGUUUCUGAUGAGACAGUGGAGUGGACCCGACCUGAUUUAGACCCAAAGUACAUCCACUUUCACCAGGAUGGACGACUGAUGUUUGACCAUCAAAACCCAUCUUAUUAUCUCCGCACGAGACUGUUUAUGGAUGGACUGAUGAAAAGAAACGUCUCCAUGAAAAUCUUCAAAGUGAAAGUUUCUGAUACAGGAAGAUACCAAUGUGCCCUUCCCUCAUUACAGAAGGAAGCUUCCAUCCAGCUCAUUGUUGCACAGUCUGAUGUGAUUGGCUCAGACAAACCAGUUACAGUAACAGUCGGUGAUAACGCCAUUCUGCCAUGUCACCUGGAGCCUCCAUCCGACAUGAGGACUCAAACGGUGGAGUGGAAACACAAUGUGAUAAAACCAUCGUGCAUGUCUACUAGAAACAGGAAGGACUAUCUAGAUCUUCAGGAUGAGAACUUCAGAGGUAGAACAUCUGUCUUCCAUGAAGAAAUGAUCAGAGGAAACAUUUCACUAAAACUGACCAACGUAACUGAACUAGAUGCUGGAAGUUUCACCUGCAAUGUUCCUAAACUGCAAAGUCAGGUCAGGAGAGGCUUCAUUAACCUCACUGUUGAGCCAGAGGAGAGCAGGAACAAAGGAGGUCAGACUGAUGAUAUCGGUGGUGGCACUGGUAAUAACACUUGUGCUAUAACUGGCAUUGUUGUUGCUGUCAUUGCUGUCGUUGUAGCAGUUGCUGUAUUGUGGAUGAAACGUAGAAAGAUCAGACAAGAGAGAGAAUAUCUUCCAGCACAGAGGGACAAUGCUGAAGCAAUCCCGUUGGAAUAAUGACAGAAAAAUCAGGUACCUCCAGUAAAACAUCCUGGUUGUCACGAUUCUGAGGCUGAACCCAAAAGCAGACUGAGACUGGUUGUAGUGAACACAAAGUCUUUAAUUAUGGUCUGGAGACUGGCUGAAGUCUGGGGUUUGAGUCCUGUGAUGAAGGUGGUAGAGGCAAACUGGUGCAGAGAGCUGGCAGACAGGCAAAUCUGGUAGCAGAGGAAACCGUUAUAAGAAUUCGGUAAGCUGGCUAACAAGUUCAAAGGAGGUGAAGCGAGACACACAACAUACUGGGUGUGGUACAACGAUCCAACAGGGACUGGAUGUCAGCCAGGCUUCUUAUAGUGGUGAGGUGCAGUCUUGAUUGAAGGCAGGUGUGCUUGAUUGUGGGUGAGCAGCAGGUGAGUGGAGACAGAGAGAGAGGACAAGGGGGGAAGAACAAGCAGACAAACCCAACAAGAAACAACCUCACUAACACCAAGGUAGAAAACAAAACCACAUAAUCCCACAAUCACACAGCAGGAGUGAUGAUAGGUUAAUCAGAAAAAAUAACCAACAUGCACAUUAAGCAAAGAUAACAAUGUUCUGAUGUGAAAUGUCAGAAUGUGUUUUUCUAAAGGUUCCUACAGUCAGUACAGACUGAAGUUAUGUGAGAGCUUUUCCUUUGUAUUCACCAUAAACUGGAUGAUCCUGUUUGACCUCAUGGUGGCGCUGUGUAUCAUUAAGUAUCAUCUGCAAGUACUCAGUGUGCAGUAAAAUGUUCCCUGUCACUGUUUUACUUUUAUAAAUGAUGUUUUUGGUUUCAUUUUUUUUACUGCAUUUCACUGUUGUAGAUAUUUAUGGUUGAACUCAUUUGAAGUACUUUGUGGGUCAGUACAGAGCAGAGUUAUGUUUGAAGAAGAAAUACAGACCAUUUCAUCCAGAACUUCUUUCUAUGUGAAUGUUGAUUGUGUAAUAUUCUUGAUUGAAAUGCAGCUGCAGGGAAUUGUUCAGAAGUUCUUCCUGAUGUGUUGAUUGUAUAAACCACUGCAGGGACAGAGUUGGUGUCUCAGAUACUUUAACUGGAUUCAAUCUCUGUCCAAUGUUAAUGUCCAGCUCCCUCUAUUGACUUUUACAGUGUAGAAUUGUUUAACCAGAAGGAAUAAUGAAAAGCACUUAUAGACUUUUAUUAUUUUAAGGUGCCAUUGUUAAAUUGUGUGUGUAAGUAUCAAUGGUUGCAUUUAUUUCCUUACAUUGUUUAACUCCCGGUAUUUUAUUUAUUCAUUUUUUGGUGUGUUUUUGCUUCAUGUUAUCUUCUUUUUACUGCCCUGUGUGUGAAAAUCACCAUACUGUAUGAAAUGCAGUCUGUUGUCAUAUAACAGCUGUCUGUUCUGUAUACUAACAUCUGGACUGCAGGAGGCUGAAACUGUGAUUGUUUGGAAAUAAAAAGAUUUUUGUUUUAA